UGUAGGUUUAUGUUGUGAUGGAUAGGGAUGAAUGAUAGGUGUUUGGAAGAUGUAGAGGUGCCACCACGAUUACGCUAUUUUUAUGUGGUGGUGCACUCUAUUGUAAUUAGUUAAUAAAAUUGAAGAGGGUCCAGUAGUUGCAAAGAAUAUAUCACAGUUUGACCAUUUUGAGUUCCUCUUGUUUUGAUAUAAUGGUUGAUCGAGUUCCAUUUGUAGUGGAAAGUAUAUAUCAAGUAGAGGGUCUUACACCUGGAACACCAAUCUUCAUCACAAAAUUUGUACCUGCUGAAGUUCAAACACCAUGCUUGGGAGCAGCUGCACUUCUACCUCCUAACCCAACGGCUGGUCCUCCUGCACUUAAGACUGUUUUCCCUGGAAAUGUUUCACUGGCACGUUCUGUCACACCUCUGCUGUUGAGCAGUGCUGGACCACAGAAGUUUGCGCAAGUUCCUGCUGUUACUUCAUCUGGUACUGUUCAGGCACCCAGUGUUAACAGUGGCAAUUUCUUCCCUUCUGCCUUGCAACAGGAACAGAGCAAACCAUUAAUGGUAACCAAUACUGUAGGUCCAGAUGCAUUUGCUCAACAAUUUACUUGUCCAGUUCGCCCAUCACUUAGCAUUGCACCAGUGAGAUAUCAACAGGUGAUGACUCCUUCAUCUACUCCAAUGAAUGAUGUCAAUGCAGAGUUCCUUAGUCAUAUUGUUGGCUUAGUGUCAGCUGUACCUCGUGCACCUCGUGCCAUUCAGCAGGUCUGCAUAGGGCCAUCUUUACCUCAGGGCAACAUUGCUGUACCCCCUCCACCACAGUCUCCAAGCAUAACGUCAUCUGUGAACCUUCAACCAAAUUUGCCGCAGGUUCGCGUUGCCACUCCGCCUGUCGGCACGGGGGCAGACCGACCUGCUGUAGUCAUUAAUGUUCCUGCGCCUGGCCACCCUCAGUUCAGCAACAGCAUUUCAUCUGCAGGAUUCACGACUACAUUCCAGCAGAACCGCAGUGUUAUUCCAUUACCCUUCACGAGUUCUGAUACUGAAAGGUUUACACAGUUUACUAACACCGUUCCACCAGGAUCUAUUGCAAAUGUUCCAACAUCUCUUGCUGUUAGCCUUCAACAGCAGAGCAGCGCAAUGGCUAUGCAACCAGUGUUAUAUCCAUCUUUUACUGCCCCUGUGAGUGAGACUGGUAUUGCAAUUGUUGCCACUAGUGCUACUUCUGGAGAAAUAACAGAAAUUAUUGAAGCUCCCGAUUCACCUUCAAUUGACAGUUCUCACCAAGAAGAGCCCUGUGAUGUGGAAAUGGAAAUGCAGGCCGAUUUAACCCCAGAAACUGUAAGCACUACAAGUCAGACGAAUUCCUGUGAAGAAAAUGAUGAACUUUACGAAGAAAGGCAUCACAGUGAUACAAGCAGUCUAAGUAUUUCAAGCAAAAGCAGCCAGGCUACGUGUGAUGCAAGUACAUUUAAUCAAGAUGAUGAAGUAAUAUACAAGGGAAAGUCUCCUGAAGAUGCUCUAGAUGACAUCACUGACUCUUCUUCUUCUGUGGUUGUAAGUAAUGAAGACACUGUUGAAUGCAGUAAUCCAGAAAAGUCAGUUCAGAUUUGUGAGAGGACAGAGCAAGAUGUGUCUUGCACCACUGUGCUUCCAGUACCAGAGCAGUCAGUAGUUAAUAGCAACACAGAAGAUAAAUGUAUAGAGACAUCUGACAUAGAAGAAUCUGGGAGGAAAGCUAUUGAAGCUUACCUAAAUAAGCAAGAUAUGGGACCUUUCCAGUGUGAAGAUUGUGGAAAGCUGUAUUCACAGCGUAUGGACUUGGAGCGCCACAUGUGGAAGCAUACGGGUGAGAAGUUAACAGCUUAUUCAGAAUCCAAGAUGUCAUAUGAUACAUCACUUGCACCUAAUCAGAAGAGUUCAAAGUCCACAGAUAAGUGUUACUGCUGCAAAUGGUGUGGUGCAGCCUUCCGUCGCAUUGUCAGUCUCCGAAAACAUGUAGGAACCCACAGCAAACAUUUACAUACUUGUGAACAAUGCGGUAAAACAUUUGCAACUAAAGAAGAUCUAACCAACCACAUUCGGAAUCAUUCUGGAGCCAAAUCGUUGUUUUGUGGAGAAUGUGGAAGGGUAUUCAUGGAAAGAGCUAAACUGAAAAAUCAUAUCAAGGAACACCAGAAGCAGUGGCUGGGAAUAAUCACUAGGCUAGCACUUAACACCACAGACUCUUAAGGUUUACAUUUCAGGUACAUUUUGUGCAGGCUAGUUCUUGUGCUGAGCAAUUGCUGCUAAUUUCAUAUCUUUUUAAUAGUCACCCAACACAAACUUUUCAUUUCUCUUACAUCUCUUUCAUUUACCAGAAUAAUGUGAGUAUGACUAUUCAUUCUGCCUUUCUGCAUUAUUUAUCAAAUUGCACUGCAUAUAUUUUUAUGUUUUUGUAUUUAUAACCCUGAGGGUAUCAAUCCACUUACAAAUGACUGUCCAGUAUGUUCCAGAAGGCUAUGUCAUAAACCACUGGUGUUCCUUGGAGCAAAUAUUGUAAAUAAUUUGUAGUAAAUCCUAAAGGAUUACUGCCACUGAAUUAUUUGAGUGUAAGGAAAUAAAAAGAACAACAAAACUAGACAGCACUGUACGAAGGCUAUACCUUGUAUUUUAGCUUAUAACCAAUUGAACAAAAUGAGCUGUCAGUUCACAAAGGCUUGUAAGAAAGCAGACUUGGGAUACAGAGUUAUUGUCUAUUGUAAACCAUAAUGUGUGAUCUGUGUACCUUGAAUUUUACUCUUUAUUUUUCUUUAGCAUAGACUUUUCUUUUCCUCCGUAUGUUGAUGUUUGAGAGUGUAGCACAUUGACUUCAGAAUGGGGAGGCAAUGACACUACCUAGUAUUAAAUACUGCCACUUAUCCAUAAUACUAUAGCAGGAGGAUGAGAGGAGUUUUGCGUAAGUAACAGAAAUUGGUAUGCAGUGGGAUAUUAUGACAUAUCAAAAGUGUGCCAAAACUUAUACUUUUUGUUUUUAAGUCCAGUGUUUGACGAGCAUCUAGCAAAUGCUUUCAAAACUGCAUUAUCUGCUGAUUGGUUUGUCAGAUACACCAGAGGAAGUUAGAGAGUUGAUUCAUAACUGCCAAAGAUAGAAUGAUUUAAGAAAUAUUUACAUAUUGUGCUGUUGUAUUUUUCCACACAAUGUCCACUAAGGGGCUCUUCCCCUCAAAUUGCGUGUGGCUCAAGGUCGCAUGUUCUGUAGAGUGCAUUGCCUUGCGGAACUUGAACACUAAUUGUGUAUCUUGCAAUGGAUUUAUAAAUUUGGUUUUGAACUGUUUAUGUGAAGAAGAAAUUCCAUCCCUCUCCCCACACCACUGCUGUAAGAUGCAUUUGUCUGAAAAUCUUUCACUAGAAUUUAAGUAUGGUACAUGUGGGGUGGGGGGGAGGAAGUAAGAAAAAAAGAACUGCACCUCUGUUUUGUAUUGUUACAUUAUUGUAAUUGCUUUUAGUAAAACUUUACAACCAUUAUACGAUAACAGCCAUGUUCAGUCAACCACUAAUGAUGCAGUUACCUGGCAGUAAGUUUCAAAAUUACUCACACAUACUGCAUAUUUCCCAAAGUAAUUACCAACUUACAUAACAAUUUUGUUUCAUAUUUGUGAUUGUGUAUAAUUUUGACAUCCUUUCACUGAAACUGCUAAAAAUUGUAUUAAAUGUAUUUUGGAAAUGAUCAGUGUCAAGACUUUUCUGAUGGAUUAUUAUGUAUUAGUCAGCCACGGUAUUAUUGUACCUGAGAGUGAUGGCAUUUCGGUCGGCUUUAUCAUGAGUCAACACAUAACCGGCAUUGAUAGUAUAGGCACAACUGACCUGGAAAUGUUAACGGUGCGAUGUGUUUUCCUUAAUCACCCUGUACUACUUUGCUGCACUGUAGCUGUGUGUUUCCAACAGUGGCAAAGUGCAAUAAUAUCGUGGUUGAGUAGUGUAACAGCAUUUAUCAGUUUUAGAGUUCCUUUAGUUAUGCAGAUACUUAAUGUCAAAACAUACCAACAUUCAUCUUUCCACAUUUUGUCAAUUAAAAACUCUUAUUGCAAUGAAUUAAUUACUAUAUUAUGUUUAAAACUAGUUUGUUUUGAUCCUCUUGCUAAUUACCACUGGUAUAAGCCAGAUGGCAACUUAUUUUUGCAUGAUGUUGGUUUGACAUUUUAUAUUGUUUUACCAUGCCUGACAUUGUAUGUACCAGAUACCUGAAAAGAUUUUUAAGUUUUAAAACAAUCAAUUGAUUAUAAACAUUUGUAAUGUUCAGGAAAUGUACAGGUGUGAUGUCCACCUGUCAUUGAACAGUACUACAUUAUUUAUGACACCUUUUCAAAUUUCUAAUGUUUCAAAGUAGGGGAGAAAGUAAAAUCAAUUUAAGCUAUUUGAUAUAGAAUCAUCUUUUGUUUGUUGUUAAAAUGUAGAUAAAAUUUGCAAUUAUGGUUUCUCUGCUGCAAAACAUGGAGUUCAGUAUUUUGUGGAAACCUUAUUAAAUAUAGCAAUUUGCUGCUUGUUAAGUUUUCUGUUGUUGUUGGAUAACAAAAAGGCAUAAUGAAAUGUGCCCUUCAGCACUAGAAUGAUAAUGUGCCAUAUUUGAUGUUACAAAACACAAAUGUAAACAUGACUGCUGCACCUCUAGAAUGAGGUGUCUCUCUUUUCAGAGUUUAAAUGAAAAUUGGAAUAGGGUAAGAUUUGCUGUGAUUAUAUUUCUUAUAGCUCCCUUUUCGGGAGAGGUGAGUCAUACGUAUCUUUUGGCUUCAAAAUCAUGUGGUACAAUGCUAUAUUCUGCAUGAGUUGACUAGAACUAUGAUUCUAGAAGUUUUUUAAUUUGGAGCUCAGUGCUAAUCAAUGAUAUAUAUUUGAGGCUCUUAAUCUGCCAUGCUGAUCAACGUUUCUCUGAUUUGAUCAUGUAACAAAACUGUAAUAUUUGGACAUUUUCAAUGACAAUGCGAAUUUUGUAAUUUCAUCAUCCUUUCCAUAAAAUAAAAUUGGGGUUGUUAUAUUAUAAAAAAGAAACAGGGCUCCAUUUCUUACGAACAAGUGGUAGCAAACUGAUGACAGAACAUUAAUAUCUGCCUUUUUUGUUGUCUUUUUACAUUUUUUGGAUAAUAUUGAUUGUCUGGUAUCACUAUUCAGUUACAGUUUUUUUUU